AUGUCCAAAACUUAUAGCAAAGACUGUUUCGAUAGGUUUGGCGACGACUUAUACGAAGAGUUGUUGCCAUUCAUAUCACUGGAGAACCGAUUACUUCGACAGCGAGUGUCCAAACGGUUCCGAAGGCUUUCAAACUACGCUCAGAAAGUCUUAAACAUUGAUCGGGAGUUACAACAGAAGUGCCGCAAGAAUUCAGAUGUACUCAAGACAAUUGUCAACAGCUGUUCCCAAAUAUCUCAUAUUUACAGCGAUUGGAUAAAAUUCGUGGCGUUGACCGACGCGGCCAUAGAUCUGGUCAUUGAUUACUGCCCGCACUUGAUAUACAUUACUAUCGACUUUAAAGACAACACCGACGACGCCAUCCAUAGAUUCUUCAGCCGAUUUGGUCCGCAAUUGAAGACAAUUAGGUUUGAUUGCAAUGACAGGCAAAUGGAUGUGAUUAUGCCGUGGGUUAGGACUUGUGGCCAAUUGACUCAAUACAGGGCUGAGAACGACGAGUUGUCCCAACACUCGCUAUCAAUGCUAACCGAAAGCCCGAUUGCCUUCAAACGUCUCAAAUCACUUCAUUUGGUAAUUCGUUGUGACGACAGGUUUGGCAGAAGUGUCACCGAUUUGGACGCGUUUAAUAUGUUUUGCCGAUAUUAUGGCCAAACAGUGACCGCAAUUGAGCUCAGAAUCGAUGGCCCGAAACCAAUAUCCAUUCAACGACUGGCCAAUGGAUUGUCACGUUUGCGGACAUUGACAGCUCUUCGGCUCAGAUAUUGUCACAAUUGUGGGGAAGAAUUGUUGUCUCUAUUGACACAAAUUGGUGGCAAAUGUCAUGGAGUGAAGUAUUUACGGAUCCAUUUGCCAUACUUUUCGAUUGAAUUGGAUGUGAUUCACGCGAUUAACACAUCGUUUCCACAAUUAAAUCGAUUGAAAUUUGAAUCAAAUGGCGAUCAAUACGUGAAGAUAACCUCCGAGUGGUUGUCGGCGUUGAAACGAUUGACUCGUUUAGAGUUUUAUGGGUUUCGAUUCGGCGACGACUUCUUCGCCGACAUAUCGCAACACAUCCCACGUCUGCAUCAUUUGGACCUCCAUUUAGCGGCGAUAACCGAUCAGGCGUUGGACUCAUUGUCGCGAUUACGGCGUUUGCGAUACUUUGACUCCGCGGGCAGAUUCGAGGGCACCGACGAGGGUAUCGCUCCCUUAUUACAGAUGCCCGACAUCUAUCACUUGCAUAUACAGGGAUCGACUCAAACAACACGUGAUUCAGCUCCCGUUCAAUUUACUCUUACUCAUGGGUGGGGAGAAUCGGUGGAGGGAUGGUAA